UUGUUCCUCCCAACCCCCUACUUCCUACAUGAAUAGAAACGAAAGUAACUGUACAUUCAAGAUAACAGAUACAACAUGGCCAGCUUUGCUCCUAUCUACAAUCCGAGUGUGCCUUUCCAGAGUGCAAUACUUGGAGGAAUUUGUGAUGGCAAAAAAGUGACUAUUCAGGGUUUUGUGCACAGCCACUGCACAAGGUUUGCAGUGAACUUCGUUUGUUUCAACAAUGACAUUGCAUUUCACUUUAAUCCACGGUUUGAUGAUGGCCUUGUUAUUGUAUGUAACACAAUGCAGAGCUCCAAAUGGGGCUCAGAGGAAAGAAAAAAGCAUAUGCCCUUCAGUAAGAAUGGCGCCUUUGAGAUCACAGUACUUGUACUGGGACAUGCUUUCCAGGUGUCUGUGAAUGGGCAGUAUAUCUUGGAAUACCGUCAUCGUACUUCUUACCAAAGCAUCCAGUCAGUCCAAGUCAAUGGAGAUGUCACUCUUAGCCAAGUUACCUUCUCUGGACCCUCUACUCAUAUGUCACCAUUGCCACCACCCUAUUCUGUCACCCCGAGUUAUGCACAGAAUUCAUUUAUGACUUCAGCAUUCGCUGCUCCUGUGGGUUCAUGUCCAUCAGCAGCUCCAUUGUUUGGGGCAUCUAUGACUCAGAAGGGACCUAUGACUGUACAUAACCCGAUAAUGCCCUUUCAAGCUGCUCUACAAGGGACAUUUACAAAGAACCGCAAAAUCAUCAUGGUGGGAUCUGUGGGUUAUGGAGCAGACAGGUUCCACGUUAACCUCUUGAACAGUAGCACACGAAAUAUCUACCUCCAUAUUGCCCCGCGCUUCAAAGAAGGAGCACUAGUGCGAAACACUCAGGACAGGGGGACUUGGGGGCCCGAGGAGAGACAUAUGUCCUACAUGCCUUUUGUACCAGGACAGCAGUUUCAGAUGGAGAUCAGGAACGAAGGAGGCUGCUUUGGGGUCUAUGUUAACAGUGCAAAGGUGUUCACUUACGUUCAUCGUUUACCUGCCAACCAGAUUGACAUGAUGGAGGUGAAUGGAGAUGUUUCCUUAUCCUACGUACAAUUCUGAUAUGCCCUGGCUAAAAUGGCACGAAGAGGGAAGAAAAAAAAAAAGCCAUCAAAUCUUUUCUAAAUAUUUUUUAAAAUUUUAAAGAAAUGAAAUCCAUUAACCAAAAUGAAGAUCCAAUAUGGUCCAUUAUAUGCAUUAGACAAUAUUUUUUACAUAGGAAUAAUUUAAACAAAUUCAUGCUAUGUCUAAUUAAUUAGUGAUUAUUUAGAGCUGGAAAUAGUUCAAUAUAAUUAUAAAGAAUUCUUAUACAGGGAGUUAUCAGGCUUGAUGUUUAAUUCCUUCAUUAUAAUGUUAUCAUAGAUAUGUAGGACUUGCAAUACAUUGACAAUUAAAACAGACAGAGGCUUGUGCCCUAGGAACAAACUAUUGCAUUUAAAGAUCUAUCCAAUGGCACAUCUCCUGAAGCCAGUUACAAAGCGAGUACAAAAAUGGGACAUGUAAUCCAGAAUGCUUGGGACCUGGGGUUUUCCAGAUAAUGGAUAUUUCUGUAAUUUGGAUCUUCACACCUCAGGUCGACUAGAAAAUAAUUUAAACAAGAAAUAAUCCCAGCAGGCUGGUUUUGCCUCAAAUAAGGAUUCAUAUCUUAGUUGGUAUCAAGUACAAGAUACGGUUUUAUUAAUACAGAGAAAAAGGAAAUCAUUUUUACAAAUUUGAAUUAUUCGAUAAAAUGGAGUCUAUGGGAAAUGGCCUUCCCGUAAUUCGGAGCUUUCUGGAGAACGGGUUUCCAGAAAAGGGAUCCCAUUACUGUAUUGUAUAUUUUAGCAAUAUAUAAAAUGACUUAUUCCAACCCUCUAAAGGCCUUCUUGAAUCACUCCUGUCCACACUAGCCAUUUCAGUUUGUAUCCGACACUGCAAGGAUUGAUAAAUACAUUUGCAAAAUCAACCCAUGCCAUUUCCAGUGGUUUUUUUUAUGCUGUCAAGAUAUUGCAAAUAAAGGCAUUUUAAUCUUA